GUGUUUGGGCAAGUGUGUGUGUCUUCCUCCUCUCUGCUGCCUCUCUCUCCUCCCUCUGACCUAUGUACUCUUGGGGGACACACAGCUCAUAGUUUUCUCAGAGGGGGCUGUUACAUUCUCACAUGGAAUGUUCACUUCCUAGUUGCCGUAAAGUAAAAACUGUUACAAUCGGCCUGAGGAAACGCUGCCAAGCUGAGAUAUUGCAGCAUUUCUUCUGCCUCCAGUUGUGAAGGAGAAUGAAGAAAGAGGCAGGUCUGGGUUUGCUGAGGGGAAACUGCUGCACGGAGCCAAAAACUUCACCGGGAAAAAUGAAUCUCCUCAAACUCAGACAGAAAUGAGCUGCUCCUGCUUACCUUUAAAGAAGGGAUCUUAAAGGGAGAAUGUACGUGAGCUGAGCUUAAGGCUUGUCUACAUUUUCUCAUAUAACCUGUUCCAGUUCUGCGGACACACAUGGAUACUGGCAAAUACCAUUGCCAGGUACCUCAUGUUUGGCAAAGAUGCCUCUGCAGACACCUUCUACUCUGUUGGCUUCGUGAUGAGUCUGUGCCAGCUGCUCUCCAACCUCGAGCUUUUCCACAUCGCCGAUGGGAUUGAGAAAGCCAGACUCCUUCCUCGUUUUAUCUACGUGAUGGAGAAGAACCUUCUGCUGAUCCUGGUGGUCAUGCUGGAGGAGGUCCAGAGUAAACCGGUCGUGUGUUUCCAGGUCGUGUUGUGGAACAGCUUGGACCUCUUGCGAUACCCACACGAGCUGCUGCGAGUCAUGGACAAACGCCCAGUUGCCAUGCUGUGGACCCGCUACACCCUCUGGAUCCCCCUGUACAUCCUGUCAGUCGCCACAGAAGGUGUCACCAUAUACCAGGCACUGCCGUACAUCGAGUCAACGGCACUAAACUCGUACAUUCACCAGCCCUUCAUCCUGCUGCUGUACCUGCUUGUUCUCACUCUUGGAGCCUACAUAUCAGUCUGGCAGCUGCUGAAGGAGAGACAACACCUACUGGACAAAUGGAACAAUAAGAAGAAAAGGAGAUGACGCAUCGAAGAACAUUGAAGAACUGAAAAGGCUAAAGGACAAUUUCAGACUCCCAGAGACUUCUGAAGUUCAGAGGAUAACAAGGACUCGAAAAAUCAAAGUCUGUUACUUUUUUUUUUAGUUUGAUUUGUUGGAAAUUGUUCAAAGAUGUAGAAACCACCGAAUAAAAUACGUUCAGUUACCAUUUUAAUAGAAAUGUUUGACAGAGCACAUUCCUCUCGACAUUGUUCUCACAUGAGACUGAAGCCGAGCUCCAGUGGCAGCACAGUUUCUAUCCGAGCUCAAAGUGUGGCGCUGCACUGAGCCUCAAAACGUUCAAGGCCGUUGCUGUAUCCAUUUCCAACAAGCUCAGGUAGGAGAGAUGCAGCCUCGGCGUUAGAGCUCCUGUACGAUAUUGUGGCUCCUCCGGGCUACCAGCCGUACGCUCGGGUCCACACAGUUUUCUUCUCGAACUCAGCGGAGGACUUCAGGGCCAACAGGGCAGCUGAAACCACAACACAAGGACCGCCUGAUAAACCACUCUUAUAAUCAAACAAUUACUUUUACUGUCCCUGCUGAGCAAUGUGUUUCUAACUCUUUUUGAAUAUAUGAUGUAACUUUAACAGGAAGGUGCAGCAUGUGAUUCACUUUCUCUCUAGAUUUUGUACCAUAACAAAGCUAAAUGUCAGUGUUUCCUCCCCUGUGAAGUUUCACCAUUGAGUUUACAUUUCUCAUCCCAAUUAACCACUGUUUAUCCUGAAGGCUUAACCAACGUGGUGACUGCAUUUGUUUGAUGUCAAUCGGUUAUUGUUAGUUUGAGUCGUCAUUAACAUGUUUAUCUUCAAUUAAAACUUGCUUUUAUUCAUGAAUUUGAAGCUUUCUCAGGUUGCAGCCUUCGCCGUCGCUCAUGUGUACUUUGAAUCGUAAGAUACAAUGUGAGAUUUCGGCAGAUGCUGAAUAAGACUUUCCAACAGUAGUUAGUCUAUUUUCCACAUUUUUAAUUUUAAUUUGAUUUGUUUUUAUACUUAAUAUUGGGUUUCUGUUGUUGAAACAGUUCGUCAAUGAAUUUUUUUCAUAAAGUUCUCAUUGACAAAAUGAA